AUGGCCAGCGGUUACACGCAAUGUUUUGAUAUCCUCCAUGGUGUGUCCGGUGCAGUUCGAACUGGCGGCUCUGAAAGUCAUUUUCAAAAAUCACGUUUGGCCAACUUUUGUGACGAGACUCACUCUGCUUUACCUCGGUCCGGUUGCCGUGAAAUAUGAGGCUGAUUUAUGAUUUAUCAGAAUAACUUUUACAGUUACAACGUCCCGAACCCAGCCACGAACAAGGCGAGAAAUAAGAUUUGCAGGCUGAGUGAUGAUCUCUCCCGUAAUCCUGUUCACUCUUCCGGUGGCUUUUACCGUUGUUGAAGCCAGAUGGAUUAACUCCUAUAUUCAACGGACUGUCUACGACAUCUGGUCAAACAAUGAAUGGAAGCCCAACGCUCUCGUUUUGAACUAUCCAUCAAAAGCUUGUUCUAUGAUGAAGCUGAACAGGGGAGAGGCCUUCGCGAAAGUGUUCAAACAGGAUGCGUCCGGUGGUUGCCUUAUCCCCAGAGGAACAUAUUACGUUGCCAAUCAGGACCCGCGUAUGGCCCUGUUCCCGAAGAUGCCAUACGGCAAAUACCGAUGUCUUUUUACUAACGGUUUGCCUUGGCGGAAAGGAUGCAUGGCAUGCGCUUAUGUCGAGAUGGAUCUCAUUCCGAAAUAAAACUGACGAGUAGCCGUACGGCGAGUUGUCUAAACACCGGAUCCAAACAGUCACAACCCAAAAUAUCGGUUGGCCGUUGGUCCGAAGAACUAGCCAGCCCGCCCCUCCGCCAAACGAAGUGGCCAGCUUCACUUCGCUCCGCCGGCAACUCAAUUCAGCAGAGGCCGGGCCUGCUUGGACUGCCGGUGGCGUUAAUCGGCCCUGCAGCCAAUCUGCAGAAGCCCUGGGAAGGCCGUCAUAAAAUAAAAACCAAAAGUUUGCCCAAAACCCCACAAA